CCGGCUCGGGCGGGGCCUGCGGGCGCAGGGGAGGAGUCAGCGGCCCCGACGCGGAAGCGGGAGGAAGCAGCGUGGCUUCCCCUGGAUGUAAACACGGCGGCGGGGCCGGGCCGGGCCGGGCCGAGGGGUCGCGCCGCGGGGCUUCUCCGAGAGGCCCUGCCCAGGUCAUGAAGUUUCUGAAGCUCUUUGGGCGACUAAAAUCAGUUGUCAUUGGGAUGGUGCAUGUGGGGGCAUUACCAGGGACACCACAGAGCAGGUUGCCAUUAACCCAGAUCACUGAUCAAGCUUGUCAUGAGGCUGAGAUUUACAAGGAUGCUGGAGUUGAUGGCUUGAUACUGGAAAAUAUGCAUGACCUUCCUUACACCGUUUAUGUUGGGCCAGAAAUAACUGCAGCAAUGGCAGUCAUUAGUGCUGCAGUGAAACACACCUGCCCACGUCUCCCAUUGGGUAUCCAGAUUCUGUGUUCUGCAAAUCAACAGGCUGUAGCUGUUGCUCUUGCUUCAGGUCUCGAUUUUAUCCGAGUUGAAGGGUUUGUUUUUUCUCAUGUUGCUGAUGAAGGGUUUAUAAAUGCCUGUGCAGGUGAUCUGCUAAGAUACCGAAAACAAAUCGGAGCACAGCACGUUCAAAUUUUUGCUGAUAUUAAAAAGAAACACAGCGCUCAUGCUCUGACAGCAGAUGUCAGUAUAUCAGAGACUGCUAAGGCUGCUGAGCUCUUCCUUGCUGAUGGGCUUGUAUUGACUGGAACAGCUACUGGAAUGCAGGCAGAUCCUAAAGAAUUGAAAGAAGUUGAACUUGCUGUGAAGAUUCCAGUGCUGAUUGGGUCUGGAGUGACGCUGGAGAAUGCAAGGAACUACUUGAAUGCAAAUGCUUUAAUAAUUGGUUCAUAUUUCAAGAAAGAAGGCUACUGGGCAAAUAGUGUUGAUCCUGACCGAGUAAAGAAAUUUAUGGAUCAUAUAGGUAAACUGAGAGAAUGAAUUUAUCAUCAUAUAGUAUUGUUUGUGUAGAAUAAGAUUUGGCCACAGCACAACUUCUGUGGGGUUACCAUACAAAUCCAAUGUGAUAUACAGUACCAUGGACAAGCAACCUCUAUUAGCAUUCAGGGGAGUUGCAUGGGAAUUGGAAUUGGUUAAUACAAUAUUAAAUGAGGAGAAAAAAAUCUUCUCCAUGGCUAGCCAAUAAAUCAGAUGGCAUUUUAAAGAAAAUGGGUGUUCUCAGUUUCAUUUUUAGAAGGCACAUUUCUGCAGCUCUCUACUCCAUGUUCUAGUACUAACUUAUCUCUUAGUUUUCAGGAAUAUAUUCUUUGACAGGUAAAGAAUUUGUGCAGCUUAAGAAUUAGCUGAGUUUUGUUUUACAUGUGGAAUACAAUAGGACACCCUAAGAUUUCAGCCACCAGUACUGUAAAUUGGGCAGAUCAGUUAGCAGCUGUGUGCCUCAGUUUCUCCAUCUGUAAAAUGGGGAUAAUAAUACCUAUUUUAAAAAAUGUUGUAGGACAUAACGAGUUUUUGUAAAGCAAUUUCAUCUAAUAAAAGUUACUAUAAAAGUG